GCGACUGCCAGGGUUCCUUCACGCUUACGUCUUUCACUGUAGAGACACAACUCUGCAGACAUGACAGAAGAAGCUCGGACGAGUUCCGCAGGCAUGACGGAGAUGGUUAAAGAACUAAUCUUGAAGGACGUGAACCUCCACUGUCCGACCAACAACUUCUCACACCACACCAGUGAGAUCUCCCUGACGGAGCUGUUUGUCAGGCGAGGUCUUCCCUUCACUCUGACCCUCACUCUGUCGCAGCCUUUCAAACCAAAACUUUACCCGCUCACCAUGGUCGCAACGACAGGUUUGGUUACAUCCGAGGAACAGGGCACAAUUUCGUACUUUGGAAUCCCCGACAGCGUGGUCCGGUCACCAUCAGCAAAGGCUGUGUGGAAGGCAGUGCUUGAGGAGGAGAGGUCCUCCCCAGAGAAAGGCAUCUUGGUUCUAAACAUCAACCCCCCGGCUAACGCCCCCAUAGGAGCGUAUGUACUCACUGGGAAAUACAGGAAAGCGGAAAUGUUGCUGGCAAAGCCGGUGGUGUUCUUCAACCCCUGGUGUCCUGAUGACACGGUGUAUCUAUCUGACGAGAAGGAAAGACAAGAGUAUGUGAUGAGUGAACAAGGAAUCAUCUACGAUGGAACUGGAAACUACAUCUCUAGCCGCACGUGGGACUUCGGACAGUUUGAGGACGACAUGGCGAAGAUUUGCAUUAAGUUGCUGGACGUUAACCCCAAACACGCGGAAAACCCAGCUGAAGAUCUCGGUGGUCGCUCUUAUCCCGUCUACGUAAGCCGUGUGAUCAGCGCCAUGAUCAACUCUGACGGCGACCAUGGCGUUGUGAUGGGAAGGUGGGGGGGUCCGUUUACCGCCGGGUAUAAACCCACUCACUGGACCGGCAGCCACGCCAUCCUCAAACGCUGGUACGACUAUGGCUGCCAACCGGUCAGAUACGGCCAGUGCUGGGUGUUUGCUGGCGUGAUGUGUUCAGUGAUGCGUCUGCUGGGCAUCCCCUGCCGCGUGGUCACCAACUACGAGUCAGCCCACGACACUAACAGAAAUCUGAUCAUCGACGUGUACCACGCAGACUACGGUGUCGCAGAGAAACGUUCUCCUGACAGUGUUUGGAACUACCAUGUGUGGGUGGAGGGCUGGAUGAAACGUCCAGAUCUGAAGGAAGGUGAUAAGUACGACGGCUGGCAAGUUCUGGAUCCGACACCGCAGGAGAAGAGCAACGGUGUUUACUGCUGCGGUCCAGCCUCGGUCAAAGCCAUCCAGAGCGGAAACAUCAACCUCAAGUACGACAUCCCGUUCAUCUUCGCUGAGGUCAACGCGGACUGUGUGGACUGGCUGGUCAAAGCUGACCGCUCGAAAAUUAAGAUCUUCUCCGACACCAAGAGAAUCGGUCAGAACAUCUCCACCAAGUCUGUCGGCUCGAGAAAGAGGAGGAACAUCACAGACACCUACAAGCACAGGGAGGGGUCCGACAAGGAGAGGGACGUCUUCACGUACGCCCUCACCAUAGCAGGUGAAGAGACGGAGGGGAACGGGGCGGUGAUCGAUACCUCGGGAGCAGCAGGUGAGGGCGCUUCGGGCUCCGAUGUGUCCAUGCGAUUUGAGGAGUUGUCCGAACCAAUGGACGGGAUGGACGUGAGCAUUAAGCUGUUGCUUCACAGCAAGUCCACUUUCGCCAGGCUGCUGUCCAUCAACAUCAGCGUCCAGGCCAUGAGCUACAAUGGCUCCUCGGCCGGGAACAUCCAGUCCGAUGUGAAGGAGGAGACGAUGCAGCCUGGGACAGAACUGUCCGUCCCCAUCCUGGUCCCGUUCUCGGCCUAUCACAAGCUCAUGGUGGAGUGUGACAGCAUGAAGAUCACAGCCAUGGUCAAUGACAAAUACCAGCCGGAGCAAGUCUACCUGGCAGUGAAUGACAUUGUGCUGAUGGAUCCUCCUUUCACCUUAACAGUUUCCAGAACGACCAGACUGCAACAAGAAACCAGUGGAGUAUUGAUUUUCAAGAACCCAGCAGACGAGAGGCUGACGGGAUGCAGACUGACUCUGUCUGGAAGUGGAGUAUUUAAAAAGGAGGAGGACUGCAAGCUCCCGGACCUGGCACCAAAACAACAGUUCCGUAUAAACAUCUUCUUUUAUCCCUACAAGACGGGAAAGAAGACGAUCACGGCCGUCUUCGACUGCUCCACCUUCAGGGACAUCCAGACCACCUGCAAGAUCGAGGUCACAGAGUAACAUCUCAACUCCGCAGAGUCUUGUUCCAAGGUCACAAGCUAAUACAAAAAAAAGCUCAAAUCUUCAGUGGCUUAAAGGAGAUUUAUUGAGCUCAUGUUCAGGUUUGUCUGGGUCCGAUGUCUUCGCUACAACAGGAACUAUUUUUCAUCCGUCCCAUGUCACGAACGUUAUCAACAAACACACACUCUUGCUCGCUGUGAUCGUUCCGGACAUUCCUCCGCUAUUUCAGGAAAAUGUCUAGAGUUCACUGAGGCUCUAAAAACAGCUUUAACUUUCACUUCAUUCAGUGACUUCAAUAAGAGAGAUAACAAACAUGUGUUUCUCAGUUAAAUAUUGGUGCAGGGUACAAAAAGCUUUUCAACAAACCGCUGUGAACUUCACUCAGAACCAACAAGCUUUCUCGCAGCAACUCAUUAUUCACUUGGAUCCCAGCUGGUUUUAAAGUCUGAUCCUGGAACUAGAUUCUCAUCAGAAUGUUUGAAUUUGCUUGAACGAAGUUAUUCAGUUGUUUUGUUCUUGAGGAUAAAUCUCCUGCAGGGAUCUCCAGGUAACAGUGGCCUCUGCUGGACAGACUGAAGACAAACUCUUCAUUCUCUAAAAUAGAAACCUAACAACUGCUGCUCCCCGUCUCAUGAUGGGUUCAGGAAAACAUGGUAGAAAAGGGUUCUCAACUCAGGGGCGAAGCAGGUUGUCUCCUAUCGAAGAUUUCAGGGGCCAAGUCAAGACAACAACACAACUGCUGGUGACCAAAUAAAAUGAAUAAAUCUUCAAACGUACAAGGGAUAUUCACCAUCUUGUCCUAUAUUCUAAAAUGUAAACACGAUGGGAAAUGUUCAUGUUUUUUGUGUGUUUCCACGGUGCUUUACCACAAAGAGUUUUUCUUUAUAUUGUUGAGGGUCAAUAAAGAUCUGAAUUGAAAAGAGUU